CUGGAACCUUGUUCAUUUUUUGUUCAUUUGAAGCGAAGAGUUUGACUGAGUGGCGCAACUAACUUGUAGUUCGUUUUAGUUGUAGGGCACACCGACACGAACUGCCGUGUCUACUUCACUGCUGGCGGUCUCCUCAUGGGCCAUGAUGGCCACUUCGUCGCAAGGCCCGCUUUUUCCUCCAUCCUCCGGAUAUGCGCAAGGAGGGCUCACCACUCGAAGCAGUCCUGGACCUCUAUUGAAUUUAAGGGGAUACUCAGAAGAUCUAGAUUACUCAGAGGAUGUAGAUUAAUCAGAAGAUCUAGAUUAGUCAGAAGAGAUCCAGGGAAGUCGUAGGUCCAACCCGAACUUCCUCAUCGGCAGAAGAGGUGGAUGCAGAUUAGUGCUAGUCAGACGAUGCAGAUAAGUUGAGAAGCUGCGCAUGUGGUAGGCAGUCUACCUCUGAAGUAAUCUGUUCAUGUAAAUGUAGCUCCUAUGAUCCUUUGCAGUUUUUUUAUCAGCAUGAUCUCUAAUUUUUAGCUAUUUUUAUGCAUAGUAAUAGUUGUAGUUCAAGAAGUCCAUGAUCUUCACCACCAGGAUGAGACUGACAAUUUGAUAAAUAGAGUCCUUUUUGUUCUUACGUUCUAUAGAUCUAAGUACUUUUAAAUCUUGCUCCUGCAACAACAGAGCUAAAAAAGCUGCAGUGCAUGCCAGUUCCACCUCCUACCACAGACCUACCGACUGUCUUUUGCUUGUUUUUCCUUAGUUUUCCCCUGUUCUCUCACGGGGGCUCUCGUCGACCUCAGUGACCACCCCCAGUGAACAAGAAAGGUUGGGCCUUAAUCCGCAUGCUAAUGCUUCUUCUAGAUAAGCGCCCUGGCUAAUGGAACAGACUCUAGUAUUGGCUAUUGUGCGACAUCAAACUUGUUUUACCAAGAGGCCACAUUAGCAGUCCCGAAAGGCCACAUCAGCAGUGAGUUCUCUAGGACCCAUCUUCUAAUGAAAAGUGGAAAAAUAAUCGCAGCGAAAAUGGGAGCUCCCAACGAGGCCAAAAGUGAAAAAAACAACUCGACACCUGGGUAUUCUUUUUCUCAUUCUGAUUUACGACAAAUUAUUUGAUCAUGGAUUUAACAGAAACAGAAAGAGCGGAACUUCUUUUUGUUUUUCUUAAUAUGCAUCACUUGAUCUGUGCAUAUCAUCUACAACUUACUAUGGUCUUUUGAUUGUCUAAUGAAUGUUGACAGGGUUGUUACUACUAGAAUCAUUAUCUUUUUCAUUGAUCAACUUUUCGCGUUCGUGGUCAUCUUUCACCAGCGCCGCAAUGACACGGGGACGAGGUGAGGACCGAGAAGCGCUAAUCUCAAAAGUUGCAGGCGAUUUGAAUGACCUUUUAUUACGGCUUGCGCGAGAACAGUUUUAGUAGAAAUUCUAGUAGAACUUCAACGUACUAAUAAUGAUAUGGCACCUUAGUUUCUACGUAUCUAUAACAUCAACAGUGUGCCCUUGACGAUCCCGUGAAUAUGAGCUCUAUGACGUUAGCGUACACAAACGACUAUGUUGAGCUUAGGAGUAGACUCGGGCAACGAGCGGUGAUUUUGACGAUGGUCGUAACUUUGGCCUUACAAGUAGACGCGGGUAACAAACGAUCUGUAUUUUUCUUGACUCGAAUAUACAUAGUUGUUGCUUCUAAAUCACUUUGUAUGAGCUUAGAAGAAGAAGUAAGUUAGUAAUUGUACCCUCUAAUUUGGACGAGGGUAAAUGCAGCUGGAAGCAACGUCGAGAACUCGACGAAGGAAUCGUCGCCAAGGACAGACUCUACGACCCUUCCCGCGAGCAAAGGGCCUUUUUAUAUUAUGCACGGUUGACGUUGUUGAGGGAGAUGGGGGAGAGAAAUAUUUCUUGAUAUUGAAGACAAUAUUGUUUUUUGAAUCUACUUUAGCAAGUGCAAGUCAAAGAGCUUCUACUUGAGCAAGUCAAACUUGGGAAAGUUGUGUUAGCUUACUUUACUCAGAGGUGUGAGAGUUCUUGUGUCCUCAGCAGUCCUCUAUAAUGAGAACAUUUCCAUAAGCAGACGCAAACUUCUUCUUCUUCUUGUUCUGCCAUUUCUUCUACCUCAUCCGAUGACACAUCGCACAUCCGAUGACACAUCGAUGCUCUAAUACAACUAGCCGAACGGCAAAUGGAGCGUCGGACUCGACGACUGGCACAUCUUCACUGCCAGCACCGACACCGCAGAUUUCCGGUUCUCACCAGAUUGGUGGAAGCGCUGCCUCAAACUACUACGAGCAUCAAAAGGCGCCGACCACCUUCUCCCAUGCUUAUGAAGAUAUUCAUAUCCAACAUUUGAUGAUGGCGCUGUGGAAGAUGUCGCUCCUGUGAGACAGAUGAGAGAUAUAGCAGAAGAUGUCUACGCGCUUGCGAAGAACAAUUGUACUAUAUUUUUAUAAUAUCCACUCGUACUUCAACUUCUAGAACGGCGUCCUACUAUAAUAUCUUUCUACAACUCGUACUCGACGUCCUGAUGUAGUAGCUUGAAACUGAUGGUAUCUUCCUACUCGUACUCGACGUCCUGUAGCUUGAAACUGAUGGAAUUCUUCACCAGCCUCAUGGCCUGCUUGGCCGUACUAUCCUUUUUCAUUGUCCAAGCAGAGCAGUCCGAAGGCCCAAAAGCUUGGUUUUUAGGGACGAUCGAAGCAGCGUGGACAGCCGACAGGUGGUCAACCGUCUCUUACUCUCUUCGUUAGAAGCUGCGAAUCAACAAGGCGGAAAUAUCAUUAUGAACCUCCGGAAGUAGAUUUCUUAGUCUUAUUGCAGGUCUUGUCUUAGAAGUACGCGGUUGAUGGACUGUACACGAUGGAAGACAACUACACUGUGUAUAGCGUUAGCACGGUGGAAGUAGACACUGAGGACGAUUUAGAGAAUAUCCCCCUCGACUUCCUUGCUGGGGUAAAGAAGGGAGUCGUGUCUGAUGAUCCCCAACUUACUCUAUUGAUUUAUUUGUGAUUUCGUAUAAAUCUAGAGAUCCUCAUCUUGCACUAGUGCACUGGCGCCGUCUCGGGUAUAUGCCGGGCCGGCGCAUCGUCCGUGAAGUGUAAGACUUCUCUGCGGUGCGCUGGCCGUUUGGCCGAAGACUUUGAGAUUGAAAAUCGGAACCCCUAGUGUUUAGUCCACUCUGAUGAUCGCCAACACCAUCAAAUGACCUCAACACCGCAUUAGUUAGAAGAGUGGAGCAUGAUGUUUAUUCCACUCUAAUCCCCAACUCAUGUUUAUUAUUCCACCACAAACUCUAAUCCCCAACGCAAAUGUGGUUGGUUUCCACCGCUUACUCGCGAAUUGUUUCCCGAAGGGACUCAGGUAAACAACAGCAGCACGGCUUCAUCCGGCCUUGACCAUGGAAGCAACUACAACACAAACGCUGGCGAAAAUGCUCUCAAUUUUAGUUCGAAUUUCGAGUCGGCGAACCUCCUACAAGUUUUUCAUAUCACGCAACCGGGAGACAACUUACAUUUAAGUCAUACACAUACUCCAUACAUUAAAUAAGUAACACAUACAUCUGAGUAGUGUCAUAUUACAAGGCUAGGACCACAACAUACCUCAUUUAUAUUAUGGUAAUCUACCACUACCUGUAGGUGUCUGUUGUAUAGUUUUGUAAUCUUUUGCACUGUUCUCGCAGCUUCAGAGCUCAUUUGUAAAAAUGCCAUUUCUCGCAGCUCGCACCAGUUUCCUCUUUGGGAUUCUGAAGAAAUCAUGGAGGGAAGACGUGAAACGCUUUGCGCUCUAAUCCAUGACGUAGCUGGAGGAGGACCAGGAGGACUCGGGGCACCAGGUGCAGCAGGAGACCACUUUGGUGCGAGUGGAGGAGGUCCAAAAGAAGGGACUAAUCCGAAUCUUCCAGGAACAAGUGUUAUGUUGGAAGUUCAGGGACUUGGCAACUGUUUAGAGUUAUUUCAGUAUUCAAUAUUUUCCUCUGCAGGUGGGUUAGUUAGUCAUCUCUGAUUAAUCUCAGUCUAGUCACUCCGCAUUAUUUCACUACUCAAGUGCCACUGCGGAGACAAGUAGUGUGGGUGUUGUUAUUUUUUAGAAGAAAUUUUAGGUUAUUUUCUCUUUGACAUUGACUCUGACUCAAUACGAAUACCUCAAUCUCCUCCUGCGAUGCUUUUUUUAGUUCGUCCAAGCUUUAACGAGGGAAAUACUCGUACUCUUACUAGUUAGAAGAGCAUGUUCUAUGCAGCCUUUCUCGUCAUUUCUAAAGAUUCCCCAAGUCCACCGACGACUCAGCACGAGUAUGAGCUGUGGAUGCGACCGGAUAGUCAAGUUCCUAGCGAACGUUAAGGCUAGAGUAUGCUAGAGUAUAACUAUCAUCUGGUUGGUUCCUGAUUGGCGGUCCCCUUGUUUUUCUAUUAAGGAAGUAGUCCCCUUGUCGCGCAUAUGAGUCAAGCCGUUCACUUUCUUGAAUCUAAGCACUCAGCAUACCCCUUGAUAUAAAAAAACGCUCACGUGCCAUGUCUCCUGGUGUACAACUAACAUUCCAUAAGUACUCACAACACCGCAACCAUAAUGUAUGACGACCAUAAGAACUGUGGUUGCUCUUUCUCUAUCUAUUCCGACUAGGUUCCGUGGCUCCCCAUAGGAGGUACUACGUAACUGACUGGCCUCAUACAUAGACUUGCAUUUUUGCUUUAAAAGAGGCACCAGCAUGACAUGACAUCCCAUUCUUCUAUUUUCUAAGAUCGGGCUACGUGUCAGUGGUUCCUCUUCGCCUGCUUCAGACCUCAUUGUCAGCAGAGAUUGAGGGUUCGAAUGCGAAUCAUGAAUUUCCGAAAGCCGAAAAGCUGCUACCAAAUAGGCAUGCAGCCUUAUUUACGGCACUUGCUUUGCUCUUAGUAGAGCUGUGAAGAUAGACAUGGUAGUACUACUUCACUGGACCUCCUGGUCAUGAGUACACAGAAGUAACGCCACAAGAGGUGCCAUUACAUGACAUAGAAAUACAGUAGAAGUCUUAUGUAACACUAAGAAGGCGGAUUUCUUGCUCAAGACAGAUUCAAUUGAUCCAGCGUCUCAAGCGGAAGUAACUGUAUAACACUCAAUCUUGGCAACCCAUAUGAUGAUCUGAGUGGUAAAACACAUGCUUUUUCUUGGCAUGAAGAUCCAGUUUCUGGAUAAAGACAGGAAAGAAAGCAAUACUUCCAUUCUUUGUGGAAACGUUCUUGAUGGUCGAAAAAGAGAGAUGAGUCUAGUUCAAGUAGUCUCGAGAGGAAGGAAGAGAUGAGAAAACGAACAUCAAAAAGCUCUAUCUCUAACUUCGGUUUACCGAAUCAAAAGGGGGAAGGACACGGUAGACACCGUGUGGACAGGAUCCGCUUGCAAGAACGUGGAGUAUAUGCCUGGCGACACUGGGGAAGGUGUAGGAGGGGGUGAUGGGAGGCGAGGAGGCCUGUUGCCUGGUGCGGAAGUUAAACCACCAUACAUCAAUGCGACGACAGAUAUGAACUACAUUUCUUGUGAGAUGAAGGUAAAAAAUGGUGUACAAAUUUAUUAACUCUGCUGGGACUUGUUUUCGUUACAGGAGAUGCAACGAUAAUGGUAUAAAGAUGAAAAAGUUGUCUGUAGAAAUACUUCACUCAUUCAGGCGAUAGAAAAUUCUCAAUCUCUAAAACAUCUAAAGCUAAAAACUCGCUUAGAAUCGAUUAUCCUGUAGAAAUACUUCACUCAUUUAGGCGAUAGAAAAUUCUCCGUCUCUAAAACAUCUGGGCUACUCGCUUAGAAUCGAUUAUCCAUUGAUUCCAUCUCUAAUAGACGCACUUUUUCUGGCGACACCUUUCCUGCAUUGCCGAAAGCGGACAAUUACAUCCUCUCCUUCGAUUUCGAAUUCGAGCCGGAUGAAGAGUGCGUCUAUUUCGCGGCUUAUCCACCCUACACUUACACGAUGCUGCUUCGCUUCUUGAGGGAGGUACUUUUUGUCAUGAAGCGAAGUACAUACUGUCACUGUGUAAGUGAUGAUGCUGCUUCGCUUCGUUCUUGAUAUCAUUUCAGUACAUACUGGCACUGCUUCGCUUCGUUCACUGUCACUGUGUAAGUGAUGAUGCUGCUUCGUUUUUUUUUUGUUCUUAUCUUCUUAUUUUAUACCUUUGCAGAACAGGGGAACUGGAUCAGUACUUUUUAUCAUUUCAGUACAUACUGUUACUGUGUAUGAACAUGAAGACGAGAUCAUACUUUAAGUACGUAGAACAGAAAGAUGAAGAUGAGAACCAUAGUUCUUUUCUUACAACGUACAACAGAUCGAUCAACUAAAGAGUCCGAACAUUGCGAAGAAGGAGAUUGGGAGAACGCUGGCAAAUAUUCCAAUUAUGGAGACUGUUGUUGUUCUAGCACACUUUAUCUUUACUACUCCUACGGGAGACUCCUGGGUCUGUACCUAUCCACUACAUUUUCCUCGUCUAUGCACAGCUAUACACUACUAUGUAGUGGUCUGUAUCCACUACAUCAUUCUCUAUCCUUUACCUACAUUCCUUCCUUUUUAUCUAGUUAGUUUGGCUCCACCCAUAUUAUUAGUGGUGGAUGUCCUCUACCUCUUCCUAUCCUCCAAGUUAACGCGCUUAGUCAUUGAUAACAACUCUCCUGGGUCUGUACAUAUCCACUACAUUUUCCUCGUCUAACGCAACGCCUCUGCUGAUAGUAACGAGUCCGAAAGUGCAUGGCAUCUCGAAGAAGGAUGUGGUUGUGAUCGCACGGCAGCAUCCUGGCGAAGCAGUCGGUUCGUGGGCAUGUCAAGGAUUUGUGAAAUUAAGACUUCUACUACUAGAGCUGUACUAGCAGUAGAAUUAGAAAGAUAGAAGAAGAAGACGAAGGGCUUUUUAAUACAAUCUAGCAGGAGAACCAGAACCAGAACCCCUUCUACUUCUCAAAAGCUUUUGCUUUACGACCUCUCCCUUUGUAUUUUUCACCUUUUUUUUCAUCCUUAAAAACUGAGGAAGCUCCCUUCAAUUCUGCAAAUUUCUUUUUUUUCAUCCUUAAAAACUGAGGAAGCUCCCUUCAAUUCUGCAAAUUUCUUUUUUUUCAUCCUUAAAAACUGAGGAAGCUCCCUUCAAUUCUGCAAAUUUCUUUUUUUUCAUCCUUAAAAACUGAGGAAGCUCCCUUCAAUUCUGCAAAUUUCUUUUUUUUCAUCCUUAAAAACUGAGGAAGCUCCCUUCAACUCUGCUCAUGAUCUAAGCUUUUUCCUGAUUGGCAACAGUAGUUUGGCGAAUUUGUUGCGGACGACGCAUGUCUUCCACAUUGUGCCUAUGGUCAACGUGGACGGCGUCGUUUACGGUAACAACCGCUGCACCCUUCUUGGUGUAGAUCCGAACCGAUGCUGGGUAGAACCAAACGCGGUGUUGCACCCCUUAGUAUCGAAGAUUAAAGCGUACGUGGCCUCGUUAAACAGCCCAGUCGCAACAUCAGGGACUGCGUCGUUAUGGCGAGACCGAAAAUGCUAAUUUAGUAAUUUAAGUACUUCUACUUGUUUGUAAAUUGUAAUUUUUGUACUUGAUUUAGUAAUUUCAGUACUUCUACUUGUUUGUAAAUUGUAAUUUUUGUACUUGUUCUUGUAGCCUCGAAGUACAACGACCUCGUCUUCUUAGUAAAAAAACUUCUUUCUUUUGCUAAGUAGAAGAAGUGCUUCUUUCUUCUAGUCCUUCAUGUCUUGGAGGUGGAGGAGCUGGGACAUCUGGCGCAUCUGGAGCACCAGUUUUCGGCAUUCAAAAUCUGCAGAGUAUGCAGACUGAGUUGACGCAAAAUUUAAGCCAAAGACCAGGAACGGACUGGGUACCUACAGAACAGACAGGAACUUAUGGUGAAGAACACUUCUACUGCCACAGUAGACAAAUGAUGAAUAUUUAAUCACACUGCGUUGGAAGAUAGUAGAUUUGAAGGCUUUCCAUGUUGUCGAAGAUUUUUGAUUCAUUCCUGUGGGGCCGGUUCAGCGGUGGGAAUACAGGCGGGAGGGAUUUUUUCCGACCGCGAUCUCGAUCUACUCAAGAGCGGAAAAACAGGUAAAUCGAGUGGAGAAGUACAGCCAGUAUUUGCAUUUACUAGUUAGGUAUGAGUAUCUUCUUCAUGUUCUUCUUGUUCUUGACAUCUUCAUCAAUUAAAUGAAAAAUGUUGUUCUUGUUCGUCUUGUUCAUCUUGACAUCAAUAUGUUGUUCACAGGUAGCGCGAGUCAACAAUCUUCCAGUGUAGCAGGGCAGUCUAGGCCUUCGACCGAGUGCGGCACCAGGGGUCGGAGCGUGGUCCUCUUUCUGGACAUCCAUGGGCAUUCCGCCAGGACCCAUGCUUUUUUGUUAAGGACUAAAAGUGCAACUAGAAGUGGUCUAUUGCUAAAACUUUGCGUUCUCUGUUUCCUGUAGAGCCGAGCCCUCUACUACGCAUCUAGCUGCUCGUAGAACUAGAGUACUUACCUGAAAAACGUCUAAAAAAAAAUAUCUAACCCCCUUCUAAUGAGCUACGGCUGUUUACCAUCGAAUUUGCGGGUAACGCAUCAGUCAAGUUCAGCGCAGUUGCCACACGGUCUGUUGCAGCAAGCUUUUCUGGAGGAGGAUGAGGAGGAUUACCGUGAAGACGCGACCGUCACCUCGACGAACAGCAAGGUACGUAUGUAGUUCCAAUAUGAAUAUUAUUGAAUAACGGCUUAUUUUCUCUACGACUAAUCUCAUGUAAGCUUCUUUGUAUGCUUCUCCUCUCCCCUCUGGCACUCAUCUCACACUCACGCUUAACACGUUAUUGAAUAAUGGGUUCGAGUAUCAUUGAAAAAAAAACAAUUUUUCCAAUAAAAUAUUGAAUAGUAUUGAAAAUCUACUAACUAGUUCUGCUUCACUAACGACCAAGAAGUUGUAUUGCUGCAGGAGAGUGAUACAGCAUCAACGAUGGACUGAUACUCUCUCUACUGCCCUACUACCAAACUACGUCGAAGGCAUUCUAUCCACCCUCCCAAAAAAGGUAAUAGAAGGAACUGCUGAAGGACAGAAUGGUCGUGUAGCAGAUGGCGACCAAGGUGUGAGCAGCGGCGGCCCUUCAUCUCAGAUAAGCUCAAGUGCGAGUGCGACAUCUUCAGCCAUAACUGGUGCCGGAAACAACAAAUUAAGGACGAAUCGAGUGCGUACAACUAGUAGACGUGCUAAGUAUAUUCAUACUAUUAAUUUGAAACCGAGAAGGGUCAAGUUCAAGGAACUGCUCAACUACUAGUAGCGAAAGAACACAGCAUACGAAUAUUAGUACGAUAACCAACAGGCUAGAUUAGCGAUAACAAUCCAACAACAAGCUAGCUUAGUGGGUAGAAAUCGCCAAGGAAAUCGUAGGCAGGUUGCCGAGUAGAUUCACACCAUCAGCAUAGACGCAACUUCUCUUACUAGAUGAGUCUAGUACUAGUACGAUAAACACUACUUCUACAUCAAGUAGAUUGUUUAGGAAGAUUGCAGGCUCGUCCUCUAAUGAAUUCUUCGUUGCCAGCGAAAUUGCUUAGAUUGUGCGCCCAACACGCGGUGUUCCCGAAGCUUACAUCCUUAGCUUCGAGUGAUUUCGCUAUGACGCACUGCAAUUGGCAAGUCUCGAGAGCGCAUAAACGGGCAGCGAGAUACGUCAUGUACAAACAGUUGGAUAUUUUUCAUUCUUAAGGCUCAUGUGCAAACAGUUGGAUAUUUUUUAUUCUACUUAAAUUAAGGUUUCCGAUGGCUAGGAGCACUAGGUCUUUAUCUUCAGAAGUUGUAUACUUAAGUUAUUGCUAGAGGAGAAGCAGCAUUAUAUAAGCUGUUAAUAGAUGAUGAAGAGACCAAGCGCAAGCAGCACAAGUUAGUACAAGUUGUUACUAUAGGAGCAGUCUUGGAAUUGUAUCCUUCAACUUCACGACCCGUCUUUAGAUACUUACAGUUUUUCACCAUGAUCUGAAUCCCUCUCAAGAUGUAAGUAACUUUCCUUCAGCAUCAUCUAACUUUCCUUCACCGUGGAGAUCAGCUUGUUCGGCAUCUGCUCACACGGAAGCCGUAAGCCAGAAGGCCAACGCAGCAUUCAGCUCUUCACGCCGAGGCGGGCAGAAUGUUAUGCACUCGUCAACGCCUAGAAGACCAAGACAGUUGUUAUAUAAAUUUAUAUCGACCAAGAUUGCAGCAUGCAUACCUUUUCUAAGGUAAAAACCAAAAGGAGUCAAACCAUGGAGUGAGAGUUCAAAAAUACAACUCAAACUCUGCUUUAUAUUCGCCCCGAAUUACCUGCGUGCUCGUCUCUAAACGAUAAGUAACUUACUAGAUAGUCUGCUGGUCUCCUUGUUAAACGCCACCUAGUCCAUUCAUCAUAUUGAUAGCGCGCUUUAGCACGCACUGGUGGGCCAUGAUUCAUCAUCGAGAUGCUAGAUGCUAGGCACUUUUCGUUUUCUUCUUGACUAGCAUUAUAGCCUACCAUUAUAGGGGGAAUCCUGUUACCUACAAACAAGUACUGAUGUUCUACUGGACGAAGGGACGGCAUUAUCAGAGACGUACACCUCCUACAAAUCAAGAACAUCAAGUUGAUUUUCUAAGUUCUGAUCGGAGUUGCCUUGGGACGAUCUUUGGUGCCUCAACUGUCAGGCAAUAGCGGCAUGGAGAUGGAGAUAGCGACGACUCCAAGUAGCUUACCCUUCCUCACGUUCGACAAGUUACAAGGCGAAAACUUGGUGGAAAAGGUAUCUUGUUCUCUAGUAGCUGGACUUAUUGUUGUAGGUACUAGAUAAUGUAGGUCUAUCAGUAAUAGGUGGACUUAUUGUUGUGGUCUUUGUCUUACUAGUAGGUGGACUUCUUCUGUAUUUGUUGUGGGUGUGGGAUGUUGUGCCAUUUUGCAACUUCUUUCAGGUAAUCCGGUCAUUCGAGCGGUCCAUCCAAGACAGCUUUCAUCGAGACAAUGGAAUCAGUUUGGUCGGACACAAGAACUCCAUUUACGGCUUCAAUUGUAGCUGUAGGGAAUUUUCGGAAUGUGUCACCAUGAUCUAGAUCGACGAACCAAUGUUCAUGUUCAUCUAUGAUAGUACAAGUUAGUAGUAGAUGAAGGGAGAGUAGUUCUAGUUCAUGAUCAUGGGACUCUAAAAUCUGGACUAGAGGGUAGAGAUUUCGAUAAGGAUGAUUCGGCACAUGAAGGUACUUCUACCAAUCCUCUUUCUCAUCAUCAUCAUUUACACCUGCAACUGGAGCUACAGGUACCGUAUGAAGAUGCAAAGGUUUGACAUGAUGGGCCAUGAAGUAGCAUGACAUGACAUGCCGUGUUCAGCAGCCGUUGAAGUCUGCCACAUCGGAUGGUAGGCCCCAACCUAACUUAACCUAACGUGUACUGUUCUAAUCUAUUGACGGACAUUCCGACAGCGAAAACUCUGACGACGACAAGAAGAAGAAGAAAGCGGACAAGGACACGCUGAAUGGGGAUGGACAGUUAAGGGCUUUUUUACUUAAUCGAAAAAAUAUAUUCUAAGUAUGUUGUAAAUAAUUUUGUUUUUCUUGACUGAGUUUCUUAUGUUGAAUCAUGAUCUUGAUCAUAUUAGCAGAUCGAUUACAUUACCCUUACCGUUAGAUAAAUAAAUAUAUUUGAAUCUGAAGAAUCAUAAUCUUAAUCGUUACCAUGAUGAGUUAUCAUGAACGUGAUCAUGUGACCAGCACCGCGCAGCAGCUCUAAGACCAAGCAGACUAGAAGACGGGGCACGCAAGAAGAGAGCGGCUAGCUCGACAGCGUCUAGUUCGACCACUGCGAAAAAGAAGACUCUGCAACCUCGUCCAGGCCGUAGGAAGAAAACCGUAGGGACCACGUCGACCUCAAACAAGUAGAAUAAGUAGAAGACUGCUAAGUAAAGAAGACAGUCUUAGACUGCUAAUAGCAGGGAGUAUUCAAUUCCGAUUCUUGAUGGGCGGGUCGAAUUUCAAAUGCAAAUGUCUUCUAGGAAACUAUAGCAGGGGGACAAAAGUAGGAUGUAGUUGGUGGAAAGUGUUAGAAGGAACGAGCUUUAGGAGGGGAAGGGGAAGUAGGGGCACUAAGCAAAGUUGUAUCAAUCUAGGAGUUGACCUAGUGAGGAAGGAGAGAGAGUGACAAGAUUUUUAUGUGAGUUUCAAGAUUCAUUUCACCUAUUUUUUCAGAAGUACCUACGGAGUUUCAAGAUUCAUUUUACUUUUUUUUAGCGGACGAUGCUUGCAGUUGCAACCACAUUUAAUACGAAAUAUCUAGUAAAUCAAGUGAAAUAUUAUGAUACCUAGCUAUGCAUUCGAAUUUACCAACUACAUCAGUGACAUCUAGAUCUACACGAAACUGUAAAGAGAACAUCAAGUGGUGAAGAGAACAAUGUGUAACGUCGACACAGCAAUUAUGAUUUGGAAAAAUGAAGACACUUAUGAACAACGUGGACCAGGUGAUAAUCAAAGAUUUUUCAGCGGAUUGAUAGUGCUGUAGGAGUACGUACCAGAACCAGAGCAUUGUUCAGAGUCAACGUCAAGAUCUACGUGAUCUAGAGUUGGUUAUGAUAUUUUUGGAUUGGUUAUUGAUAUUGAUGUCGCUGUGCACGACGUGCUGGACAGUUGUUGUGUUCGACUUAUUGUGUAAAAAAUAGCAACUACGACUUAGGAGUCAACAAAUUACGAGCGGUCAGAUCUUCAGAGGCACUUCUCUCAUUCUCGCAUUUUCAAAACAACUCAUUUUUGUUUGGUAUGGUAUUGGCAGCAGUACUAGUAGGAGUACUAGCUCUUAGAGUUAGAUAGUUUUUUCAUUGGUUGGUAGUUAGAUGGUCCUGUAUUGCGAGGUGUG